AAACUUGUGAACUUCAACUCCCAGAAAUGUCACAAGGGUGAGGGUGCUGCUUUGUUCCCUAUAGCACCUGAGCGCAGGAUGGAUGGAAGCUUAAGGAAAGAGAGAGAUGCGUGCUGGAAAUAAGGAGGAAUUUCCUGACAGUGAGAACAAUUCAUCAGUGAGAUGGCUGGUCUCCAGAAGUUAUGAAUGCUCCAACACUGGAAAUUUUAAAGAAGAAAUCAGAGAACCGUUUUCCUUGGAUGGUAUAAGCACUCCUGCCUUGGCAGGGGUGUGUGGAAUAGAAAACAUCCAAGGUCCCUUAGAGCCUUGUGAUGGUAUGAUUCUUUUGUGACUUUUUUUUAAAGCUUUUGCCAAAUAAUUUCUGUCGACUGAAAAGCAAACGGGAAGGACAUGCCUUUGUUCCGAGGUUCCCAACCAAGAAAAUAAAAUAAUAUUUGCGGGCUGAGAUGGAAGACGCAUGAACGAUUCUGUGCACAUUCUCCAAGCUUAAAAUCCUAGUGCAUGCUAUAAACUGUUUGGUUUGACUUGGAGAAGUUGUGACUGUCCCUUUUUUCCUUCACCUGGUUCCAGGAAGCCCAAGAAAGCUGGAUCGAGCGGCUCCUUCCUUGCCUAUUUCGGAAAUAUGCCACCUAAUUUCUCGCUGAACUUUUCUUUUCAGGCUAGAGGGAGAGAGUAACGCUGGAAGGCUAACCGUUGAAAACUGGCUGGUUUUAGGACCCUGUGAGCAGUUUGCUUGUAGAAGGUCCUAAAACAUCCCCAGCAUUUCUGAGAGCUGGUUGCUUAUUCAUUCAGAGCAGGAACAAAACCAUCCAGCAACUGAGAUCCACCAACUUCCUUUGCAAACAAGGGAAUGUAAAAAAGAAAGAAAGAAAGAAAGAAACCCAACACACAGAAGACCAAAAAAUCAAGGAAAACGUUUGAGGUUCUUCUCUCUCUUCUUCUCUCUCUCUCUCUCUCUCUCUCUCUCUCUCUCUCUCUUUCUCUCUCUCUCUCUCUCUCUCUCUCUCUUUCUCUCUCCCCUUUGCUCCAGAGCCUCAUUCUUUGCAGGCUUUUUUCCCUCCAUAACCUCAAGAUGAAAUUUUCUGAGAACUGCUGGGACGUCUUAGCAGAAGUGAGGAAUGGACAGCGUUGAGAUCGGCUUGCGGAGGGAAGCAGAGAAGGAAAGAAGCCAGUCCUUAGAAUUCAGCUCCGGGGGCUGUUUCACGGAGGUGUUUUCCUACUCCGACGAACGUCCACCAAGGCCAAGCCUGUUGAUCUCGGCCUCAACAUGACAGCUCACAGCUUCUGGGACCUCUGGGUAUUGAUGGGUUCUGCUGCCUUCUUGCUGGUCCGUGGACAAUAUCCACAACGGGGCAAUGCGGACAAUGGUCACUGGAGGCAGAUGAUCCAGUGGGAGAAUAAUGGGAGGCUGUACAGUCUCCUGAACUCCGGCUCGGAGUAUGUCCCGGCCAGCCACGUAAGAGCCGAGAGCAGCGCCAGAGUGAUGUUGGCCGAUGCUGCCACUAACCAAGGACAACGCACUGCAGGGAACACUCGAAGACAAGCGCCAACUUUACCCAUCAGGUCAGGAUCUGAUACAGUCCGGGGACAAACCAGGCACCCCUUUGGUUUUGGGCAGGUCCCAGACAACUGGAGAGAUGGAACCACCGGAGACAGUAGCUCCAACUCCCAUCGUCCUUGGUCCUCCACGCCUCGUCAACGGCAGGUGGGCGCUGCGUCCUCUUCCUCUUCGUACGUCGCGUUUGGGCAGCUCUACCCACAGGGCAGCUACCCUCAGCCCCCUUAUGCCAACCAGUAUGAGGCCUAUGACCCACAGGCGCCACGGGUGUAUGACGAGAGCCACAAUUACUACCGUACCACUGGGACGUGGGGCGGCGCUGUGGCAGCUGCCGCAGCCAGCGCUGGGGUGGUGAACCCUUUUCAACCCAGAGCGAGGUACGAAGAGUAUUCAGAGGAACAGAAUCCCUACCAAGCUCAACCCUAUGCCCCUGUCCAGGAGAGGCCAUAUGUGCCUCCUGCCCAACAGCUCCCAUCUCCGGAUGGCUUAGACAGACGGUAUUCCCACAGCCUCUACCACGAUACUGGAACUAGCUUUGACCAAAAUGUCCCGGAUUCCUACGCGUCUACCCAGAAUCAGGGCCAAGGCGUCCCUCUCGCAGACAACUUACAUGUCCACUCCGCAUCGCCUGCCAAUGCUGGUACCGGCUAUGGGAACGAGCCAUGGGUGAGGCAGUAUCCUCCUUUUGGGCAGGUUCCCGAACAGCCCUACAUCCCUGCCCGCAACGUGGAACCCCAGCCUCCUUUCCGGCCCUUAGACCCCCAAGGGGUCCCUCGGCCCGAGCCCUACCUUCCUAUCCGGAAUUCUGAAACUCCCCAGGUGAUUCCAGACAACCAAGGGGUCAACCAAGGCCGCAUGAGUGUGGGCAGCAUCUACAGACCAAAUCAGAAUGGACGCGGUCUCCCUGAUCUCGUACCUGAUCCAAACUAUGUCCAAGCGUCCACUUAUGUCCAGAGGGCACACCUCUACUCACUCCGCUGCGCAGCUGAAGAGAAGUGCCUCGCAAGCACGGCUUACACUGCAGAAGCGACCGAUUACGAUGUCCGCGUGCUACUGCGUUUCCCGCAGCGAGUGAAGAACCAGGGGACCGCAGACUUCCUGCCCAACCGAGCCCGUCAUACUUGGGAAUGGCACAGUUGCCAUCAGCAUUACCACAGUAUGGAUGAGUUCAGCCAUUAUGACUUGCUGGAUGCUACGACAGGGAAGAAGGUGGCUGAAGGCCACAAAGCUAGCUUCUGCCUAGAAGACACCACGUGUGACUUCGGGAAUCUCAAGCGCUAUGCCUGCACAUCACAUACCCAGGGUCUGAGUCCAGGUUGCUACGACACUUACAAUGCUGACAUAGAUUGCCAGUGGAUUGAUAUCACCGAUGUUCAGCCUGGGAAUUAUAUCCUUAAGGUUCAGGUAAACCCCAAAUAUAUUGUGAUGGAAUCAGACUUCACCAACAACGUGGUAAGGUGCAACAUUCACUACACCGGGCGCUUUGUGGCUACCACAAACUGCAAAAUCUCCCAGUCUUGAUUUCAACCAGGAUGGCAACAGCUCUCCUCACCUUGCUUAAUUGUCCUCUCUCGUCUUCUGCAAAAGCCUCUUGCAAGGUGAAGUUCGCUAGGAGGGAGUGGCUUCAUCACACCUGGAGCCUACACAGAAAUGGAAAUCAUUCCUCAGCUUCUUCUUCUCUCUCUCUCUCUCUCUCUUUUUUUUUUUUCUUUUUUGAGACUAUGUUAAAUGAAAUGUGUCAC